UGAUGGGCAAUCUUCAAGAGAAACUCCUCGCCGCCCAUGCGCCUCUCGAAUGCCCUCAGGAUACUCCGAUCGGGCUACUGCCGCGGCGCCGGAUCCAUGUCGAGGAUUCGGGCUCUCCUUCGAUCGUCAAUCGACGCCAUAAAGUUAGGUAAUGUCGUCGUAUUCAUCGGAGAAGUCCAGCCUUGAAUGGGAAAUAGGCUUCUACAAAAUCUUUAUUCGAUCUUGGUUUUGCUUUGGUCCUUGGAUCUUGGAAUCUUUAUCGAUUGCUGUGGUGGGACUGGGAGGGUCAAGAUUCUGCUUUGGGGUAGAUGAUGAAGGGAAGAAGGUGCUGAUGGUUCGUCAGUUCUUGCAGUGUAGAAACUUCUAGCUUUUUGAAAUGGCCAAGUAUUGAUUCAAGAAAGAAUAAAUACGUCUCCAAUCGAAGGGAAUUGGGUCAGUAAUACUGCAAGAAGCCCUGGCAUGGAAUGUAGAUCAUCCAAUGGCUCCAAGUGAAAUAUUUGUGUUCAACUUUAAUUCAAAGGAGGAGUUGAAGAGGUGGCACUUGUACUCUGAUUCAGUUUAUGGAGUGAUAAUUGCAUACAAAGUUAUACACUGAGAACUGGGUCAAUUCACCAGAGCAGCAGGAAGACAACUCAUGGCAAGCUUUUUGUCUUCAUUCCCAAGGAUCACUGGCAUAUUGUGAAGCACAAUGUUAGAAUGAAUCGUCAUCGCCAUGUCUCUUCCUGUCAAUGCUGAAGGUGGUGUUCCUGGUGCUAAAUCUGGACCUGGAGAUUUCAGACUGGAACUCGAUUGGAUCAAGGCACCGAGGACCCAGCGUUUUAUCUACAACCCCGUUUGUAUUUGACUUGAUAAGGAGAUCCAUGGAGCCUGCAUAGAGAAAUCAAGUUACACUGCCGGAGAACCAUUUUCUUUAAGAUCUUCCACCUCUGGUGGAGAGCUGAUCUCCACAUUGUCGAGAACAAGAGAAGCAGAACGGAAAGGAUAAAAAGAGCGGUGGGAAGUCUCCAUGGAGCCGGAUCCUUUCUUGUCAUCCCAUGGGUGGAAGCCAUGCGAUGGACAUGAAAAAAGACCGUCGAGAGAGGUCGUCGUCGGGCUUUCGACCGGCUGUUUUUGGCGGGUUCCGGAUGACGUCACCCACCGCGAUCCCCAGCCACGAGAAUUCGGGGCUCAGAAUGCUCUCCUCGCCGACUCUGACGCCCGCCUGGCGCCCCGGUCACCGGCGCCUCCCGGUUCCCCGCCCCCCCCCCCCCCCCCCCCCCGCGAAGGAAUCUUGCUCUUGUUUUCUCGUAUAGCGCGAGGACGACGUGCGAUUCGCUUUCCUCUUGGAAUCGUUGGGAGCCGCUAUCGAACGGCGCAGACGACAUGUCCGAUGCCAAGGACCCGGCGAUCAUGCUCUUCGGCACCACCAUCCCCGCGGCGCCCGCCGCUCCGGAUGGGGAAGAGGCCGAGGUCGAGGAGGCGGACGCGGAGACCGUCGUGUUACCGGCGGAGGGCCAGGAGGAUGCAUCUAAAGAAGUAACAAAUGUGGACGUCAAUGAUAUUUCAGCUGCAGCACCUGAUGAAGAGGAUGAAGGUUCACCAAUUAGUUCAUCUAGUUUGACCAGUAGCAAUGAAGAAGACGGUAAAACAUCCAUUGCAGAUGAAAAGAAAGCAGUAAAAAAUACAGUGGAAGACACCAAGACUGAGGUUGAUUGCUCUGGACCAGAAAAGGUCCUCAAGAAGCCGGAUAAAAUUCUACCAUGUCCUCGCUGUAAUAGUAUGGGCACCAAAUUCUGCUAUUAUAACAACUAUAAUGUUAAUCAGCCUAGACACUUCUGCAAGAAUUGUCAGAGAUAUUGGACUGCUGGAGGAACAAUGAGGAAUGUCCCUUUUGGUGCUGGUAGGCGCAAGAGGAAGCAUUUGGCAUCACAAGGUCAUAACUUAGUUACUCCAUCAAAUGGAUUACAAUCUGCUCAACUAGAGACUCUUGACUUGACUCAUCAGCGAGCUCUCCCAUGUGUGCCUGCAACCCCUUCACAACCUCUGAUUGGAAAUGGGACCAUCCAUAAAUUUGGUCAAGAAGUCCCUCUCUGUGAGCCCAUGGCCACUGUGCUCAAUAUCAGAAAGCAAGGCGGACAUGCUGAUUCUGGCUCCACAAUAUGUCAAGAAAGCAGGGAGGAACCUUCCCGUGCAUCUUCUGCAGCAGCCUCCAAUAUUUUGGAAAAUGGAUCUGCUGAAAAUGCAAUUCACAAGCAGCAAAGUGGCAUGCAUGUUUACUGUAAUGGUCUUGCACCUCUGACUCAGUUGCAGUGUUAUCCUGAGUCCUCCUGGUCUUACCCAUGGAGACCAGCUUGGAGCAAUGUUGCUGCCAUGGAAGCUGGUAGAUGUUCAUCUGAAUAUCCUUGUAGACCAGGGAAUGGCUAUCCAAAUCCGAUUCCAUCGAGUCCCAGAGCAAUGAUGGCGGCAACACUUCCUUUCUUUCUCAUGCCAACUCCAUUUUGGGGCUUCACCACUUGGUCCAAUGGAACGUGGAAUAUACCAUGGGUUGGAUCUAAUAGUGGAUUCAAAUCCUCAUCAUCUUCUUCAAGCGGUAGUGGUUGUUCAGGAAAUGACUCUCCGAUGUUGGGUAAGCAUUCUAGAGGUGCUACUUUACAGAGUGAGGAGAAGAUGGAGAAGUCUAUAUGGGUUCCUAAGACUCUUAGGAUAGAUGAUCCCGAGGAGGCUGCAAAGAGUUCAAUAUGGGCUGCCCUAGGUAUCAGGCCUGGUAUAGGAGGUGUCUUCCAGUCCAAGGCUGAAAACAAGGCGCAUAAGUCGGAUGCUGCACAUGUAUUGCAUGCAAAUCCUGCUGCAUUAUCCCGAUCUCUCUCCUUUCAGGAAAAUACAUAAAGGGUGUGAUCAGAAGUUCUGAGGGAGGUUUUGUUAUCAUGGAUACAAUUUGUGAAGGUCAGUACACAGACAGGAUUUGUGAACAGCAUUGACUUGUAUCUAGUAAUCAGGAUCAUGAGAUCUGAAACGAAGCUGACCGCAAAAGUUGCCUGUGCUUCUCAUGAAGCCAUCAGAGGGAAGGACCAGGAUUGUCAACAUCAUCUAAGACUGUUCAGUAAUCCGUGUUGUAAAUACGAGAAAAAGGUAUUUGUCUCUAAAUUUCUACUCCAAAGAAAGUUUAUCAUCUCCUCCGCCGUGACUGGUUUAGCGAACCAACAAAGAAAGAUUCAGGUCAUAAAUGUUGAACAAAAAGAAUGGCUUCGGAACUCAAGUACUGAAUCUUGAAACCAUAUCCUUCUAGUAGGGAGGCGAAAAUGUACUUGUGUUUUCGUAUGGUUCUUGGUUUUUUUUUUUCUUCUUCCAUUUUUUGUCUUUUAAGGCUCACUUUGAAGUUUGUAUGAAUAUAGCAAUAUCGGAUGUCUGGUUCAUCUUUGUUGUCCUACAGAGUCUACUUCUUUCACGAAUGUAAUGAAUGGUUUACCGAAGACGUUUAAGUUGUUCUUCAGUUAUCA